GUUACUGCGAGCCACAGAGCAGGACAGAGCUGAGGGACGACGAGCCGCGGCGCUAUUAUUUCAUAGGUGUUUUAUCGCAACAGCUCCUCUGUCGGAGGACAGAAAGUAAAUAAGUGACGCGUCGCUUCUGAAGAAAAGGUAGAAAAUCCAUAUGAGGAUUUGCUGCUGUGACAGUUUCCAGCUGCUCCGUUUUGGAGCAAAUAAGUACUCGUCGCUGUCGCUCCUUCUUGGCUUCGUCUCCACCUGGAGUUGUAUGACUUAAAGAGUUGGCUACAGUUCACCGCCGACAUGAGAGCUCAAAUAGAAGUGAUUCCCUGUAAAAUCUGUGGGGACAAAUCAUCAGGGAUCCACUAUGGUGUCAUCACCUGUGAAGGCUGCAAGGGUUUCUUUCGACGCAGCCAGCAGAACAAUGCUAUGUACUCCUGCUCACGACAGAGGAACUGUCUCAUUGACCGGACCAACCGCAACCGCUGUCAGCACUGCAGGCUGCAGAAGUGUCUCGCUCUGGGUAUGAGCCGUGAUGCGGUCAAGUUUGGUCGGAUGUCCAAAAAACAGCGUGACAGCCUGUAUGCAGAGGUCCAGAAGCACCAGCAGUCCCAGGAGUGCGCGGGGCUUGGUGUCCGCGAGGAGAACAACGACAUGGCCGACCACGGCCGCACCUACAGACGAGGCUCCAGCGCCGCGCUCAGCGACCUGGACGACAUCACCACACUGCCAGAAGGCCUGCUGUUCGACCUGCCGCUGACCCCCGAGGAUGCAGGUGGAAACUACUGUAACCUGGACAUGCUGUGUGGCAGCGCAGGCAGCAGCUCAUCCUCUCAGAGCUCACCAGAACAGACCAACUUGGACUUUGUAGACGGCAACCACAGCAUCAAGCAUGAGUACCAGCUGCUGCACGACUCUGGACUCUUCUCACAUGCUAUCCUCAACCCACUGCCUGAGGGCUGCUCCCUGCUUGAGAUAGAGCGUAUAACUCAGAGUGCGGUGAAGUCCCAUGUUGAGACGAGCCAGUACAGCACAGAGGAGCUGAAAAGAAUGGCGUGGACCUUGUACAGCCCAGAAGAGACACGCUCAUACCAGACCAAGUCAGCUGAGGUGAUGUGGCAACAAUGUGCCGUUCACAUCACCAACGCAAUCCAGUAUGUGGUAGAGUUUGCCAAGCGCAUCUCUGGCUUCAUGGACCUCUGUCAGAACGAUCAGAUUAUCCUCCUCAAAGCAGGCUGCAUGGACGUUCUUCUGAUCCGCAUGUGUCGGGCCUAUAACCCCAUAAAUAAUACAUUGCUCUUUGAUGGGAAGUUUGCCACUGCUCAGCUUUUCAAAGCUCUUGGCUGUGACGACCUCGUGAAUGCAGUGUUUGACUUGGCUAAAAGCCUGAGCCGUAUACAGAUGUCAGAGGACGAGAUGGCGCUCUUCAGUGCUGCUGUGCUGCUCUCACCAGACCGGCCCUGGCUGACAGAUGUUCAGAAGGUACAGAAGUUGCAGGAGAAAGUCUACGUGGCUCUGCAGCGCUGCCUACAAAAAGAGGGAGCAUGGGAAGAGAAACUAGCCAAGAUGGUGUCAAAGCUUCCCGUAAUGAAGUCCAUUUGCAACCUUCACAUCGACAAACUGGAGUUUUUCCGUCUGCUUCACCCUGAGACAGCGUAUACCUUCCCCCCGCUGUAUAGGGAAGUUUUUGGCAGUGAAAUCACCUUCCCAGACUCCACAGAGGGCUAGCACCAUUUAGCUAAACAGCGUGAUUCAAAUAGAGACAUUGAGGGGUAGGGAGGGGGAGAUAAAAAUGUGGCAACCAGCUGAGGCAAACGCAACCAGCAGCUCAAUGACAAUCCUGCAUGCUACACUUUAGGACACACUCCUCUCACCUCCCGCCCUGCAGGCUAGUCCAUUCUGCUUCAACGUAACACUGCAGGAACUGCUGCUGGGUACUCAGUGCAUGUUACCUCUUUUUUACGGAGUAAAAAGAAAUUAUUAAACAUAAUUUGUAUUCUCAAAAAUAUUUUUCUAUGACGAGACCUUAAACCUCUCAUCAUGUUGAAUUCCUUUCAAAUAUAAAUUUGACUUUCACCGUUCUCACAGUUCCUGUAAGCUAUUGUUGAAUGUACCCCUUUUCCCCUUAACCGUUCAGCACAGCCCUUGGCUUGAUAUAGAAUGUACAUACUUAAAAUCCUCAGCCACUUUGUGGAGAUUUGCAGUAAUGAUGCCUGUCUCAGUUGUCAAUCUAGUAACAGUUUAUUGUUUCAUUCAACAUUUUUGGUAGCGCCCAUAUUUUGCAGUUUUGUAACGUAUGAACAAACUGUUUAAAGGGACCAUGAUCAAACUCACAGACAGGGUUUUUUUUUAAACCGUGUGAAUCAUGGGCAAACACUCAAGAGUGUCUGCCAUCAUGCACCUACAAACUCUUGCACACAGAGCACAAAACAUAGCACUUAUUCUGAUCCUUUGUAGGUAUUUUUACUAGCACACUCAGACACUGAUGUAAGUGAGUUCUUUUUUUUUUUUUUAAUGCAAUCAAUGACCUCAGUCCUAAUACCUUUUCCCUUUGCAAAUGCCACUUCGAGAGCGAGAGUGAGAGAAUCACAGAGGUGUUGUACAUUCAGAUGUCUGGAUCCCAAAUGAGGAGCAGGGUAGCGAGCUCAGGUCUGGGAUGGAAAGAUUGCUGUUCUUAAAAGAAAAUCCAGCUGAUAAUUAGCACUUAUGACUCCUCGUUAGAAUCCAAAAUGAACACUUGGCACAAGAUUUUACGGGUUCGCGCUCAGACUGCCAUCUGUGAAACUCGUUACGCCCUCCCACCUUACAUAAGCUGUAUGAACAAGGUGCUGGGCAGCCGACCACUGUGGGGGUUACGUGCUGUCAUGGAGGAGCAUCCUCAGUCCCCCUCCGCAGAAGAGUGCCAUCGCCCCAAACCAUCCAGCAGCGUCUCAACCAGCAGUUUCAAAAAGACUUUUGGAGUAAAGACGAAACAUGAACUUUGAUGUUAAAAUGUGACAGUUAUCACAUUGCCACCUACAUGUUGGAUGAGGGGCAAAAACAGAGAUUGAGCAGGUGGGUGAUGGUAUUAUUUAAGACAUCAGUUAGAGGGGAUUUACUGUCUGCGCCAACUCUCACUGCUUCGGGGUCAGGCAGACUGCGCUGUUUCAGCCAGUUAAGGUGUUCUGAUUAAUUAAACCCUCUGUUCCUCUUUCCCCACUCCCUUACUACCUCACCCUCUUCAAACACUAUAUGGCACAGAAAAGGGUUGACAGAGCCAUCAGCUACCCCCCUGAGUUAGCAUUUCUGCAUCCGUACGAGAGCUUCUUUAAAAAUAUAACAAUUAGUGGUGAAAUUUGAAGGCCAGUUUUGAUUCAACUAUUCUAAAAUGUAUUCUUACGCUCUUAAAACUGGACAGAAGAGAAACACAAACUGAAAUGCUGGAUCUACUUAUACUACCUAUCCUCUGCCUGCUUUUCUGUCAUUUGAGAGCAGUUCAUGCCUUUAGGUCCAGAAGUCCCACUUAGAUACAGAUCUAUGUGAGGAAUGGUCUCUGGAGACGCACAAGGGUGUGUCCAGGUGAAGCCUUUUUCUUCAUAGUAGGGGAACAUAUUGGAUUUCUGUUUUUUAAAAAGCUUUCUACCAGUAUCCUAAAGAAGAUACUAGAAGAGAAUAGUUGUAAUCGCAGAAAACCUUGCUGAAUUUAUUUUAUGCAUUUUCAGACAAUCACACGACAUAUGUCGGAGCUGUGUUUAACAUCAGCCAGGCUUGCUUUGCACUGCUGGGACAGUGCUGCUCACCAGACACUAUAUUAUCUCACAUAGUAUGAAGGGGUAUUGCCCUUUUCUGGGUACGCACGACAGUGGGAUAGUGGGAUCGUGCAAUAAUGUCUUUCCCAUUGUUCUCAGUAUGUUGGGCCUUUGUUGCCAUGUAUUACAGUAAAUAUUUUCAAAAGCACUCCAGCAAAGUUAACCUCGCAGCGCAACAAGUAAUGUUGUUUAGAUUAUAAUGUACCAAAUACACAGCCAACCACCACACAGGUCGGCUGACAGCUGACAUGGCCAGAUGACAUACAGAUUGUAACAAAGUGCAAUACUUUGUGCGUCGAGUAGUAGAAUGUUAGACAUGCUGACUUCAAAAGAGUCAGUAUUCUUUAUACAACCCCGAUUCCAAGAUGUUGGGACUUUGUGCAUACUCAAUUGAAAACAGUGCAAAGACAACAUAUUUAAUGUUUUACCUCAUCAGCUCCGUUGAUUUUUUUUGUAAAUAUC